UCUCGCGCGAUUGUUGGAAAGUCUGAUAACCGAAACACACUUCAAGCUGGUUUCAUGUGUAUCGUUUAUGAUAUCAGGUGCAAGGUUGAACUUCUUCAGCUAGACUCUUAAGACCAGGUUGAAAACGUGGAAAUAUUUUACCACGCCAAUUCUCUCUACACUGCCGCGUUUGACUUGGCAGACAGUAAACAGCAAAACCGCGCUUGAUCUAGACCGACUCCGUCAAGAUGCCACUCUACCAAAUGUUCUGCAUCGCCAGUCAUUUUAGGGAAUACAAACACAUAAAAGACUUGGUGACUAUGUCUGCGAUGCAUGUGAUGAAUGAAGGCGGCGUAGUACGAAAUAUCCAGUUCAAUGGAACACAGACGCUUCCCGAACGAAUGCGGCGCCAUAAACAGUAUUACACCGUUGGAGAUUAUUGGACGAUGCAUUUUGACACGUCGCCUCGCACGCUACGCACACUGGCUGGAAUGAUGCGCCGAGAUCAUCGCGUCAUAAGAUGGACAAUGUUGAAGUUGGGUGAGAAGGCGGAAGAUGUGGUCACUUCACCCGAGCAGACGGUGGAACGCCAUUUACUAGUAUCACCGAGCAAAAGCAACCCUCAUUGGUCCUCGUAACGUGUUUCCGAUGGCUUACUCCCUUUCUAGUCUAGAACAUCUUGUAGAUU